UUAACGUCUCCGAUCACGCCUCGCGUGUCUUCCAUCAAGAGUGAACUCGGUACAAAGCUCUGCAGCCCGUAUCGUAUCGAAGAAGCUAGUUGAGGGGCAAUUGAUAACGGGCCCUUGUUCCCUUCUACACGCGCACAAUCGGGCAAUCCGCCAAAGUAGAUAAGAUGUACGUGAAUCUAGCGGUGGGGUGUCGAGUCGCGAAACUGUCUGAGAUAACUGAGCGGUUCUUCGGUUGGUUCGUCGUGUACUGCUGUCCACUUUGCUGACCAGUCACGCGACGACCCGCUGCAGUUGGGUCAGUUGGUUGGCAGAACUCUCACGGCACAGGAUGACUCCUCCGAAGAAGCGUAACGCACAGGACUACUUUACCAGCUGCGUUUCGGUCGAUCGGCUUUGCGUGAGCGAUGAGCCGGCUGGUGAGGGUCGCGACCGUGAAGAGGGCAAAAGGAAAAAGUAUCAAACGCGUCGGCUGGUGGUUGUCGUUUGGCAUGUGGUGGAGAAAAAGUUGGCAAAUUGUGGGCGUUUCAUGCGCAGUGUACGGUUCGGGAAGCGAUCGGCAAAGGAAAGGAAGCAGCGAACGGAGGAGGAGCUGUGUGAUGUGGACGAUCGGCAGCAUCGAGACUUUGAACGAUUGCUAACGGACGAAGAGCGAAGCUUCAUGGAUGCCUAUGCCGCAAGGAAUACCCAACUGUCCGCCUGGCUUGGAAUACCUGACAGCAGUUGAUCAGCUGCUGGUGCACCAGAAGGUGGAGCUGCUGGAAGCGUUCACCGGCUUCGAGACGGCCAACAAGUACACCGUGAAGAACGUCUUCGGCCAGAACGUGUACUGGGCGGUGGAGGACACGUCCUGCUGCACACGGAUGUGCUGCGGUCCCGAUCGUCCGUUCGACAUCAAGAUACUGGACAACUAUCAGAACGAGGUGCUGCAUCUGCACCGCGAUCUGCGCUGCAAGUCCUGCUGCUUCCCGUGCUGCCUGCAGAAGCUGGAAGUGUCGGCACCGCCGGGCAACGUGAUUGGUACGGUGGUGCAGAAGUGGAGCCUGUGCCGUCCGGUGUUUGACAUACGCGAUCGCAACAACAAAACGGUGCUGACGAUCCGGGGUCCCGUUUGUCAGUGUUCGCCCUGCGGUGAUGUGAAGUUUGCCGUGUUUUCGAAUGAUGGUACCGAGGUCGGUAAGGUGACGAAGCAGUGGACCGGCUUCGUGCAGGAACACUUUACCGAUGCGGACAACUUCGGUAUCAACUUCCCGAUGGAUCUGGACGUUAGGGUAAAGGCCACCAUGCUGGGAGCACUGUUUUUGAUUGACUACAUGUACUUCGAGAGUGGCGACAAUAAGAAAAUACGUCGUUAAGCAUCUACCUCAACAACUACAAAUCCUCAACUCAAACACUGGAACAACUGUUUUAAAUGCCUUCAUGUUAAAAUAUCGUAAAAAAACACAAUCAAAAACAGGACAACACAAAACCAGCAGGCCUCAUGUCAUUUGCGUGUACGGCUCAGGAUCUACAGUUAAGUGCCACCGCGUGAAAGCUUUGCUGGGAGAACGCGGCUAAACUACAGUAAUAUUUCUCAGGAAAACGAUAACGACCAUUCAGGUGCCAGAAAAAUGGAACGCGGCAGCGUUUUAAAACUAAGCAAAAGAAGAUAAUAUUUUUGUCGUAAACUACCAUACUUUGUUCGUUGCUGUGUCUCGUUCUUAAUGAGCCUAGCGAAGAAGCGGAUGAGAUGAUUUUGAAAAAUCAUUUAUAUGUAUCGUCACUCUAUAACUGCUUAAUAUUUUUCGGUGUACCUUGUAAGUGAACUCAAUACUCAAACACUGUUACAACAAAGAGACGGGCGGAAAUUUGUCAAAAGAUAGCGGAUCUAUUUAUUUUGGACUUUAACCAAUAACCCUAAAUAUCGCGACUAUUUACUGAACCGGUGUGCCAACGGACAGCACCACAAAGGCUUCCGCAUUAUUUGUUACAAAAGCAAAAUUGAUAAAGAAAUUUAAGAAUUUAUAACAGUAUCUGUGUGAAGUGUUGAAAAAAACAAAUGAUUCAAAAUCUACCAGUCUACACGCAUGUUCCUUUCGUACUAAUGAAGAUUAAAUACAGAUUAGUUUAAGCUGA